AUGGGGCCUGCUCGUAAGAGACCUGCGACAAACCACAAUGGGAGUGCUGCAACUAGAUUGACAAGAUCUAGGACUGUAUUGGAAUCUGGAAAUAAUUCAGAAGGGGACACCACCAUAAACAAUUCCUCAGCACAGUCCCAACAAAAUGUCAAUAAUGUAGACCAGACACCAUCAGAAGUUCAACAAGUUAAUAUGGAUGAAGCACAUACAGGAGCUUCUAAGAGAAAUAAGCGUGGCAAGACCAAAGGGUAUGCAGUAAAACGCCGCUUAGAAGAAGGGAACAGAAUUGGCGGAAUAAUCAUUGAAGAAGGAGCUAAAGCACCAGUUGGCAUUAAUGAGAAGCUAAUGAAGAUGGAGAUGGGGGUUGUUGUGCGAGUACUAGCUCCAAUUAGGAAGUUUUUCUGGAAAGAAGUUACUACUGAAGAGAAGAUUCCCCUCUUUGCAAAAAUAGAGUUCAAGUACAACUGUCAUUUGCAUUACAAGGAAGAGACUGAUCCUAUUAAAGCACGUGAGAACCCUAUGGAAACAUUGAAUAAUGAUGACUGGAAGUUAUUGUGUGACCAUUUUGAUGGCCCUGCUUUCAAGAACAACAAGGAGGUGCAACAAGAUAGCACUGACAAUGAUGUGGAGCAGAACAACGCAGCAGAGGAAGAGCCACCAGAAUUGCGGGUGUAUUCUGACACACAUAAGAAGCGCAAUGGAGAAUGGAUUAAUCCAGCUACCAAGAAAAAUUAUGUGAUCUUUGCAUAUAGGGAUUUAGUGCCUUGAGAAGAUAUGAAGAAUUCUAGGUGAAGGAUUAGUUGUGGAACACCAUG